AUGAAGCAAGGUUCCCGAGAACAAGGGCACAUUCGGAGAUUUAGAGUUAAAGACUGUAUUCACAAUAUCAUCCCAGAUUCAGUCAUGUUAGUAAAAGUUAUACACGCGAACUUACCUGGGGUUUUUGUAAAAGAUAAUUGGUUUAAGAAAGCCGUCUACGGUGUUGCAAGAGAGAUGGACCCAAUACCUACAGUGUGUUUGCCCCAUUUAACCCCAAUUUGUAUGGAUAUCUGUGAUACGCAAAUCAUGAGACGUGCUCACACGGGCUUACAAAGCUGUGUUGACACCGCGGUCCGUGGCGGCGGCGGCGGCAUCGGCGGCGGUAUCGGCGGCGGCAUCGGCGGCGGUGGCGGCGGCGGCGGCGGCAUCGGCGGCGCCCUCGGCAGGAGAGCAGCAAGGCCCUGCGCCGAGUUUCGUGCUCUCAGCAACCAGAAGGAGCCUUACCUGGCCAGAAUGACAACAGCAGAAGCAUGGAGACCUUUGGAGGAAGCUGCAUGGGGCCCAAUGCCGAGCUUAGGGCCAGAAUGGAUGGGAAAGUCAAGUGCCAGUGACUCUGGGUACUUAUUAAUGUUGACAGACGGUUGUGGUGUCUGGGGCGAGAGGAGAACGGCUGCCCAUGUUCUGGAAAAGGCAGAAGAGUGGGCACCUUGCAUAGAAGCAGGCAUCAAAGAAUUGUCUUUUGGGUUUUGGUGCUUUAUUUAA